AUGAAUCGAGCUUCCCUCCUCCUCCUCCUCCUCACCAUCUCCCUUUGUAAAUUCUUCGAUCUGAGCUUGGCUAAAACUCCCGAUGAGCUCAAUUUAGCAGCCGAAUCGCCGAUGAUUAUCCCGCUCAGCUACUCUUCCCUAACCAGACGAGUCGAGGAUUUUUGCCGCCGCCGUCUCCAACAAUCUCAGCUCCUCGACGAUGGGAGGACAACCUCAGGAAUUCCCUUUGAUUGUAGAUACUGGAAGCACUGGCACUUACAUACUUUGUGUGUAGAAGAUGAUCUUAAGGAAUUAAGUUAUGAUAAAGUUCUUGAGAAGAAAUAUGGUAGAGAUCAAUUUUUCAUCAUCGAUGAGGAUCCCAAGUUUCAACCUGAGUUAUCAAGUAGCUGCGAGGCAUUGAAAUGCAAUUCUGACUGUAAUUGUGACGAUGAUGGGAAGCUAUGUGUAUACGAAAGACGAUACGCUGAGAUGAGCACGAGUAGUGGGCUACUAAGUGAGAAUUUGAUAUCUUUUGGACAACAUGCUGUUUUCGGAUGCGAGAACGCGGAGACAUGGGAUCUUUUCAGCCAGCGUGCUGAUGGUUUUUCCUUGUGUUAUGGAGGAAUGGAAGUUGGUGGUGGUGCUAUGGUGGUUGGUAAAAUCACUCCUCCUGCUGGUAUGGUGUUUGCUCGUUCGGAUUCUUUCCGCAGUCCGUACUAUAACAUUCACCUGAAGCAAAUGCAUGUCGCUGGCAAGAGUCUGAAGCUAAACCCAAAGGUCUUUAACGAAAAGCAUGGAACCGUCUUGGAUAGUGGAACAACAUAUGCUUAUUUUCCGAAACAAGUUUUUAUUGCCAUCAAAGAUGCGGUCAUUAAGGAGACUCCAUCUCUUAAACGGAUUCAUGGUCCAGAUACAAAUUAUGAUAAUAUAUGUUUCUCCGGCGCUGGAAGUUUUGUUUAA